UAGGAUGGGAUAUCCAGGAUACCAAACACGACCGGAAGGUAUAAAGAGGAAAAAAAGGAAACCAAAUUCCUAUAUAUUUAUAUUUAUAUGAUUUUGAUCAAAGAGUAGAACAACACCCCUUUCCUAUUCCGGAACAAUUUUCAGCUUCCUCAAAGGUUGGUCUUUCAAUAUUGAUCGGACAAAGUUAUCCUAGUCGAUUUUAACUUGGAAUAAAUUGAAGUGUUCAAUUUGAUGGGCGCGCCUAAACAGAAGUGGACUGCAGCCGAAGAAGCAGCCCUUAGAGCUGGAAUACUUAAACAUGGUCUAGGAAAAUGGCGCCAAAUACUGAAAGACCCAGAAUUCAGUGGUAUCUUAAUUCUGCGCUCAAAUGUGGAUCUCAAGGAUAAGUGGAGAAACAUCCAAGCACCAAGAUCAUUUUCGUCAGCUGACAGACCAGAUACACUUUAUAGACCUGAAACCCCUGACCUGAGCAGAGCUAGGUCAGGUUAUGAGAAAAGUCAACUCAAGGUAGAGCCUUAUGAAAGUCCUUUCGCCCUUAGUUGGGAAGCUCGAAGUUGGGAAGCUCAAAGCGAUGAUGACAUUGUUGACGUUAAGCCAAUUCCAGUUGCUGUUGAGACCUUGUCAGAGUCUGGUUCAACACAAUCAAAUUUAAGGCUGGACAGUCUUAUAAUAGAAGCUAUAGCCAAUCUUAAGGAGCGUAAUGGGUCUAACAGGACUUCUAUUGCAACCUACAUAGAGGAUCACUAUUGUGCGCCACCAAAUUUCAGAAGGAUCUUGUCAGAAAAGCUCAAGCGUUUUAUUGCAAGUGGAAAAUUGAUAAAGGUAAAUCGCAAUUACAGAAUUGCAUCAAACUCAGUUUCCUCAGUUUCCUUUGAGAAAAGCAAAACAUGUGAGAUGCGACUCCUGGAGGCCAAGCAAGAUGACUCUCCCAACAUAGAUAAAGAACCUGAGAGGAUGGUCCCAGAGGCCAAGCAAGAUGACUCUCCCAACAUAGUUAAAGAACCUGAGAGGAUGGUCCCAGAGGCCAAGCAAGAUGACUCUCCCAACAUAGAUAAAGAUGGUGAUAAAAUCAUCACUAGGACAUGUAUUAAUACAGAAUUGGCAGAAAUGAGGUUCAUGACAGCACAGCAGGCUUUUGCAGCGGCUGCUCGAGCAGCGGCAGCGGCAGAUGAGUGGAUGGCAAUAGCUGAACAGGCAGCAAUGGAGGCAGAGGCAGCUGAAGCUGAUGCAGAAGCAGCAAUGAUGACUUUGAGAGCCAGGAAUGCAUCGGUAGCUUGUGCUUGAAGGGGGCAUUACAUGCAAGCCAUGGAGAUGGAUGAGCAUUAAUGGUGGACGCUAUUUCAACUACUGAUCUGCUUUUUAGUGCUGUUAUGCUGACCAAGCCUGUAUAUAUAGGAAUAAUAUUUUGUAUAGCUAGUACAAUAGAGGAUUCAUGUCCAUGAAGGGGCUAACUGAGGCUCUAGCCCGGCUUUUGAUUUAACCCAAAUCAUUUUUAGUAGAGAGGAUUUGUGCUAAAUUAGAUUUUAUUCAAUUUUACUUGUUAUAAGUUCAUGUAAUAGGCAACACCAGCUUAUUUUUAGCCCAUUUGAUUUCAAUCCAUGCUGUUACUGUA